GAAAAGAAGAAGAGGAGCAGCAAUUCAAAUCAGGGUUCCACUCUCUAGUCAUCCUCCCCAUUGUCUCAAAAUUCUCCCCCACCACCAACACUCUCUCUCACACUCGCUGCUCUUUCACUCCCACUCGCAAGCCCAUUCGCCGCCACUCGCCGUUAGCGAUUGUUCCAGUUCGUCGCUCUUCACCGGCGCUCCAGUUCGCCUGGGGUGUAUUCUCGACGAAAAAUAGGACCAAACAUGGGCUGUAUUUUACGGCUGAUUACGGAUCAUGAAGUUAUAUUUUUGCUGCUGGAAAGACUCCACUGAUAAGAAAACUCUCCGUCAAACACACUCCCGCAUUUCGCAACCGCUCUGACACUCUCAAUCGGCUCCUCUGUCUUCCCCUCCUCCGACAAAAUCUCCAGCAACUACUCCGGCCUUAUCACCACCUUCACUUUCCAAAACCAGCGCCGAGCUAGACCCACAUUGGUGGAAGUAUGUGACAUGAACUCAAGGUGGCUGUCAUCAAGGUAGUUGAAGUGUAUCAAAUUCUUGAGAGUUUAAGCAGGAAAAAGCGAUGCCGCCACACGAUCUCCGCCGCCCAUUCAAACGGGCGGCAAUUUCAGAUCAACAGAGGCGGCGAGAGUUGUCUUUGCAACGGCAAGCCCAGAACCGUCUAGACGCCCAGCAUCAGGCCCGCUGUUUGGCACAAACUAUUCUCUCCCUUCAGAAUGACUCUGCUGAGCCUGAGCCAGAAUUUGAAUUUGUGCCUCAGCCCGAGGAACAGGCUCAAGAUUUUGAUGUUCGACAGGCGGCCAGGCUAAGAGGGUCAGAAGCCCGGCGAUGGUUUGCUAAGCAGCUUAUGCUACCUGAAUGGAUGAUCGAUGUCCCUGACCGAUUAAACACUGAUUGGUAUGUGUGUGCUAGGCCAGCUGGAAAACGUUGUUUUGUGGUGUCAUCUAAUGGGACAACAGUUAGUAGGUUACGCAAUGGCAGUAUGCUUCACCGGUUCCCAUCUGCUUUACCCAAUGGUUCCAGGACCAAUAACAGUUCGCGCUCUGGCCAAUCAUAUUGUAUACUUGAUUGCAUAUUUCAUGAGCCUGAUCAGACGUACUAUGUAAUUGACAUGGUGUGCUGGGCAGGAAUGUCGUUGUAUGAAUGCACUGCUGAGUUCAGGUUUUUCUGGUUAAACAGCAAGCUUGUUGAAUCAGGGGCUUGCAAUGAUCCCUCACCUUACCAUAGAUAUAGAUUCAGGACUAUUCUCAUAUAUGACUGUGAUCAGGAGGGUCUAAAAGCAGCUUAUACUGGAUCCAUGCCAUAUAUGAAGGAUGGAUUGUUGUUUUACAAUAAGCAUGCACAUUAUCAAUCAGGGAAUACCCCGUUGGUACUAGUGUGGAAGGAUGAAAACUGUAGUCAGUAUGUUCUUGAUACGGAUAGUAAGGGACAGGUUCCAGAGCAACAACAGUUAGUAUUGGAGCUACUAGAUGAUGGGAGACUGGCUACAUCAGAUGAUCCUCCGGUUAUAUUCGGUUGCUUGGACAGGGACUUCAUUCAAAAGACAGGACUUGAGGCUGGCAAUCUCCUACGUUUUGCCAUCAAUGAAGGAGGAUUAUAUUUUGCAGAUGGGAAACUAGAGAGAGCUGAUCUUCACUACCUUGGGAAACCUAAUCGUUCGCGAGCUUUUGCUGAUAGUUACUCAAAGGUCAUGUUCCAGUACACAGCUCGUCAUUCUCCUCUCAGAAUCGAGCAUCUUUUCGCAUCAAUUAGUUCGUUGAAUGAACAAGAGAACGCGAUUUCCGACACAGAUAUGGUUGGCUAAAAGUUACUGGUGAUCGACUUUCCAGCUCUACAGAGUGAUGAAAAAACUGUUUAAUAUAUAUUAUCUUUAUCAGACAACGCUUUUUUUCUGGAAAGAGAAAAUGAACUAAUUCGUAUCAUACUCAUUGAAUUGCUGUCUGUGAGAUAUGUACAUGUUGUAUUCCCGGAAACAUUUACUGGCCCUUUUCCUGUUGUAGAUUAUGGGGUUCUCAAGAAGACAAAUCCAAAUUUGUAGUGCAAAUAUGUGACGAAUGAACUUUUGCAAUUUUACUUAAAUAUAGGGGGCAAUUAUGAUAUUUA